AUGGAGGGAAACUUGGUUCAAGAACUCAACAAGUGUGUAAAUGAGAAAUUCUCCGGAGCUGUGUUGACUAGAAAUGGCCUUGCCGUUGCAGUCGCUGGGACAAUCUCACCAGAAGAAGAACGGCUCGUCUGUGAAUGGACGAAUUCAGUUCCUUCGGAAGUCUUGUACAUUCCUAAAACAAACAAGAGAAUCUUAGUGCAUGAAAAAGAAUCCUAUGUUCUUGGCUUAGCAUAUCGCAAUCCUUGA